CCCGUGGGACUCAAACAACCAUCAGUCCACCAGGGCUGUUGGGCCUGCCUGCCAGCCUUUCUGUGACUCUCCUGCGCUGUCUGUCUGGUCUCCUGGUCUCUGCAACAAUGAAGAUCAGGGUGGACUGAUUAAGAAGUUCCAUCCAAUCAGCCAGAAUGGAUCUACCUGGUUAUCGCCCACAGCAGCCCCAGCCCCUUGUCCACCAACCUGACACUUGCUCAGAGGGUCUAUUAACUUUGGAAGGCUCAUCAACAUCUCAGGAGUUAAAGACGGAGGCAGACAGCAGAGCAGAGUCAGAGGAGAGCUGUCCCAUCUGUGGAGACAAAGUGUCAGGAUACCACUAUGGACUGCUCACUUGUGAAAGCUGCAAGGGCUUCUUUAAACGCUCAGUGCAGAAUAACAAGCAUUACACCUGUGCAGAACAACAAAGCUGCCCCAUGAACCUUUCGCAAAGGAAACGGUGCCCUUUCUGCCGCUUCCAAAAGUGUUUGGCAGUAGGCAUGAAGAGAGAAGCGGUAAGAGCAGAUCGUAUGAGAGGUGGCAGGAAUAAAUUUGGACCUCUGUACCGGCGGGACAGGCAGAUGAAACAGCAAAAGGUUUAUCAUCAGGAAAACGCUGCUCCCUACAGGAUUAAAAUGGAAACUACCCAAACACACGGGCCUACAGCUCCAAAUGACCUUCUAGUGAGCAGUCACACAAGCACUACAUUGUCCUCUGAUGCUUUCCAUCAGUCUCACAUGUAUCCCUCUGGCAUGGUGCAGUCGAGUCCGCCCAUGCCUCUGGACUACAAUCUGAACACAGACACGGUGCUCACACCUCCAUCCCUGCCCUACCCUGGACUUUACCACUGCACCUUCCCUGGAUAUUUCCAGGAGAAAGGGGAAGUGCCUUUUAGCUACAGCUUGGCUCCUGCAAACUAUCCAAUGCACCCAACUCUGAACAAUUCAUUCACUCCAAGAAGCACACCAGCAUCAUCCCCCUGCUCAACACCGAGCUCAGCCACCCCUUUUGCCCAGGCUCCCACACAAACCCCAGACACUCUCACACACAGUUUCCUAAGUCAGCUCCUGGAGGCGGAGCAGGAUGAGAGCCAGCUAUGUGCCAAGGUCCUCGCCAUUCUACAGAGAGAGCAGGCCAGCCGAGGCAAACAUGACUGCCUAAAUACAUUCAGCAUAAUGUGCAAAGUGGCUGACCAGACUCUGUUCGGGCUUGUGGAGUGGGCCAGGAACAGUGCACUCUUCAAGGAGCUCAAGGUGGAGGACCAGAUGGUGCUGCUGCAAAGCUGUUGGAGUGAGCUGCUGGUCUUGGAUCACCUCUGCAGACAGGUGACCUAUGGCAAAGAGGGCUGCAUAUAUCUGGUCACAGGACAACAGAUUAAGGUGUUGACCAUCAUCUCACAGGCAGGAGUGACAUUGAGUGGCCUGGUAUUGAGGACCCAGGACCUGGUGUCAAAACUGAAGGCACUCCAGUUAGACAGACAUGAGUUCGUCUGUCUCAAGUACUUGGUGCUAUUCAACCCCGAUGUGAAGUCAGUGCAGAGCCGCAGGCAGGUGGAGCAGAUACAAGAGAGGGUGAACAGGGCCCUGAUGGAGCACACCCAACACAGUCAUCCAGGACACUCAGACAAGUUUGGCCAGCUGCUGCUUCGGUUGCCUGAAGUACGUAGCAUUAGCUUGCAGGUUGAGGAGUAUUUGUACCAGCGCCAUCUUCUGGGGGAUUUGCCCUGCAACUCUCUACUCACUGAGAUGCUGCACACCAAGCACAGCUGAGAAGAUGCUGUUGUAUCUAGUCCUACAUGAGUGGCAUAGCCCGAGUUUGCUACUGUGGAUUUUUGCACCUUCUUUUUUGCCUUUCAGACCCCACUGUGUUUGUUUUUUAAAAUUUUGAUGGUUGUUGCAAAUACUCAACAGGCAUGCUUUAACAACACUUACAGCCUCAAUCACUAAAGUGAGUGGAAAAACACAAGCAAAGAAGGGAAAUAUUUACUAAACUUGUUGCCCAUUAUUAACAGUAUUACCACAGCCCAGUAAAUGUUUUUUUGGUCUGUAUUGUAGGGCAGAUUUGAGAUCCAAGCACUACCAUGAUGUGUUAAUAAGCAGGAAGAGCUUAACUGUGUAAAGAAAAAAGAAAAAUGCAUCAUUGAAUAAAGAAAUUUGGUUUUUGGAAAUUCUUGUGUACUCAAAACCUGUAACUGAAUUACCUGGAAUGUGUUUCACCAUUAUAACAUGUUACGGUUUAUGCAGCAAGAUUUUGGCACUAACUAAUACCAACUGCACCCAUUCAAAAUUCUAACAAAAUAUAAACAAUGCAAAUGGAAAAAUAAAGACGGGAAUGAAAAAAAAA